AUGAUUCGAAUCAAAAAUUCGACAAGAAACCGGACCGUGUCCAAAAAUCAGUCGCCGCUUCGAAUGAACCAUAUCAGUUUAUCAGUAUCCAACAGUCCGGAUCGUCUAUCAGAGUGCUCUGUCUUAUCAGCACCGCCCAGUAUCUGUACCAUGAAACUUUGCCCCUCGUUCCCAUUUUUGACUGAUUCAGCGACUCCGGAGAAGCGACGAAAUUUACAAUAUUGCACGCCAAAGAAGAGAGGGGUUUUGAAGACCAGAAGCUCAAAAAUCAAGGAUCAAAAGACUCAUACCGAAUCUCCAAACAUCUACACAGCUGAGUGCAUGCUGUCUGAUAAGAAUUCGGAGAAAUCGCCAAGUUCUGGGAAUAUUUUGAGCACCUCUUCCAGUCUCCACUCGUCUCCAUUCUCAAAACGAACAACGCCAACACGUCAUGGAAUGUUCCAGCCGCCAACUCCUGAACAUCCACAUCCGAUGGCGGGAUAUUCAAAAUUACUGUAUUGUGGUGAUCAGGAGGUGUUCAUGGCAAAACAGAAAGUGUUACUUACCCAAUCACAAAAUGUUUCGACACCUGACAAAACCAAAAAAGUUGAAACUGCUCGAGAAUCGGAAUGGGCGGUAUAUCAAAAUCAGAAGACGUUGGUGGAUUCAGAAGACGUUCGAGAAUUUUUGAAUGAGAUUUUGGAGAAAAUUGUGGAUGAAAAUAUUGAAGAAAAUGAGUUGAAAGUGGAUGGAAAUGAGCCGAAACAAGAAAAUAUUGCUCAGAUUAACCAAUUCGAAGCAACAGUAACCGAAAAACUCUUCAAAAUUUUUGUUGUGAAGGAUGAGGAAUCAUUGAAGAAUGAGGAGAUUUCUGAACAAAUUACAGUGACUUCAGACACGGAAAUAAGAAUUCUAGACGAUUGCUCAUCCUUAAAAAUCAGCCCAGCCAAAGACUCGGAGCUCGCCGAGGCACAUAGAAAAAUGAUGGAUUUUCUGGCCACUCAGCAAGGACAAGAGUUGUCAGAACAGUUGAAAUUUGGCAUGAAAUUUAAGAAUGAGCAAUCUGGAAUUGGCAAGUCAUGGACAAUAGAAGAGACGAAUCGAAAAUGGUUGGCUAGCAAGACGCCGAAGAAUUUGGGAAAAGUACAACGGUUGGGCAGAAACUUGGCUAAAAAGUCGGUGACUUUUUUGACGCCCGACGCUGAAGAAAAGGCUUGGAGCUUUACGAGGAGUCCGGAUUUGGACCAAAGUGAUUCUGAAGUUUCGGAAGCUUCAGAAGAGGCAGAAGACGUCAAGCCAAGCUUUGUCGUCAACGAAGACAUUUCGCUGACUACAGAAGACAAGACAAACUGUCCCAUCCCACAAGAAUCUUAUGACAUCUGGAACGACGAGAUUCAGAAUCCUCCAGAAUCUCCUUUUCUCGAAAAGUCAGAUUUCUACGAUCCUGACGAAGUUGACGUUUCAUUGUCGUUGAAAUUCGAAGCAACACCACCUAACCACCAAUUGCUCAGCUUUAAAAAAUUGGACAUUGCUCAGUUGCCAACUAUGGAAACGCCACCUGGCAAGGUUUCAACUCCAGCUAGUCUAGGAAUUACUGAAAUUGGAGAAUGGACGCCGGAUAGAAGGAUUACGGACACCUCAUCCGAAACCGAACUCACACAUCUGGUCCUAACGUCUCCAGACACUCCAUCCAUCCCAAGACCGAUUUCCACACCGACUCGCUUCCUUCGAACCCACUUUUUCGAUACUCCAGUCUCCCCUCCAAUUCCAGUAGCCGAUGUGAUAAUUGAGCAUGUUCAAGUGGUAGAACCUCCAGUUCUGGCUGCUCCUGGAGAUCCUAAAUGGCUCCAGCAGCAAAUGUCGCAGCUGUUCUGUCAGGCGAGCACUCCUCAAGUCAAAACCGUGACCGUUGAGACUACGAUAGCUCUGUCGCUACCGGUGAGCAAUGAGCUUUUGGCUGAUGCGUUGGGCAAGAUGGAAGUGAAAGAAGAGCAACCUGUGAGCUCCGAACCUGUGAGCACGGAGCCAUCGAUCGAGUCACCGGUUAGAAAUCGGAAGUCUUGUUUGGCAAAGCCGGAUAUGUUGGACAAGGUGCCUGAUUAUUUUGCCCAUGCGUUGACACCAUGCUCGACGCCGCUCAAUUUGCAGUUUGAUAAAACCGCUCGACCUCCGAUUCCAAAAUUCUCUCGAAAAACGCUUCUCCGUCAACCGCCAAUCAAUUUGCCAUUCCCAAAACGUGUCAAAAAGUGUGUCAGAUUUCCAGAAGACGCUGAAAUUUCCACUAAAGUUUGGACAUAUGAUGAAGUCGUGAACGCUGGGGGAUCCGCAUUCAGAAUCAUCUCAAUUGUGGAUCAUAACACUAAUACGAUUCGUUUCCCCAAAUAUGUACCGCCCGUGGAAUUUUCUUGUGUAUAG